AGCCCGCACUCAUAAACUCGUUAAAUAAUCAGUAUUUGAGAGCAAAAAAGCAGUCACACACUUUUGGUUUAUUAACAAUUUACUGCAUAAAGGCACACUUAGACAAUAAUUGGGAAAGGGCGCAUGCUCGUUGAAUGAAUGAAUAGCCAUACACUGACAUCUACUGGGGUAAACAGGGUAAUGCAGAAGUGUCACACCUGGAAAUGUCACUCAUGUAGCCUACUCAUAAAGCCACUGCUCUUCUGUUAUUCCUGAAAAUGGAGAACGUGGAUCGAAUUUUGUCUGAAAGUCCCUCUAUUGAAGAGCUGGAGGAUAUUUUACAUGGGGGUCAGCUAUCCUGUAACCACGUCGAUGAAGUGUGGCCUAAUUUGUUUCUGGGGGACAUGUACAUGUCUCAUGACAGAUAUGGCCUAUGGAGACUGGGUAUAACUCAUGUUUUGAAUGCUGCACAUGGUAAAAUGUGUUGCAAAGGAAGUGAUGACUUUUAUGGGACAACCGUAAAGUACUGUGGCGUGCCGGCAAAUGACCUGCCUACAUUUGAUAUUUCACCAUUUUUCUACCCUUCAGCACACUACAUUCAUGAAGCUCUCAGCACAACAGGUGCUAAAGUGUUUGUGCAUUGUGCUGUGGGAGUGAGCCGGUCAGCUGCUCUGGUCUUAGCUUACCUAAUGAUAUAUUGCAACUACUCUCUGGUGGAUGCCAUCUUGAAAGUGAAAGAAAGAAGAUGGAUCUUUCCAAACCGAGGAUUUCUGAAGCAGUUGAUAACUCUCAACAAUGAAUUAAACUACAAGGCGCAGUCAAAGUAAAAAAAAUAAAUAAAAAUAUUUAAACAAGUAUGCAAUUCAGAAAUCUGUAAAUUAAAAAUAGCAUCUAAUAACAGUUGAACAGUAGGCCUACUGCUGAUCAACAACUAUCAUUAACUUCAUAAUAAACAUUUCUUCUUAUUUAUAAUAACAGCUUUGUGUCAUACUUCUGUUAAAUUCAAUAUGUAAGAAUUCCAAAGCAAUACUUGUACUAUAUAUUAUCAAUAAAGGGGUCAUUUCUGGGCUCUAACUAAUAAAUGAAUGAUUUAUUUGUUUAUUUUAUUAUUACUUGAUAAUUAAUAAACAGUAGCCUAUUUAAUUACGGAGUACCUCACA